AAAAGGAGAAUUUUGAUAAGUACUUAGGUCACCAUCUUCUUAAAUCUGAUUAUAAACACACUUCCUUUGAUUUCUUGGAAGACAAAUUCAAUAGCAAGAUGGCUGGCUGGAAGAAAAUUUACCUGACACAUGCUAGGAGAACAAUUCUCAUUAAGACUAAGCUUGGGCUAAUACCUCCAUACUACAUGGUGACAUCCCUAAUCCCUAAGAAGACUCUAAAGAAGCUAACAAGAACUAUCAGGAACUUCAGGUGGGGACACAGUAAAGAAGAUAGAAGAAUGCAUUUCAUAAACUGGGAACAUAUGGAAAUUGCAAAAGAAAGAGGUGGCAUGGGUAUAAGACCUCUACAAAAUCUGAGUAGAGCAAUAGCGAAGCUGAUAUGGAAGUUACUAAAUGACAAAGAUUGUCUAUGGACUCAGAUGAUGGAGGCAAAGUAUUUAAAAGGCUGUAGCUUCUGGGAAGUGAAGAAACCAAAAAGGUGUUCAUCCACUUGGAGUGCAAUGCUGGAGUGUAGAGAAGAAAUGAAAAAGGGUUGCUGCUGAUAUGUUUUUAAUGGUGAAGAUAUUUACAUAAAAACUGACCCUUGGGGUACCUGAUCUGAUGAACAAAAUCCCUGAAGUAAUCAAUGAUGCUCACCCUAAGUUGAAGAAGGUUAAAGAUCUAAUUAAUCAGGAAAACAAAAGCUGGAAUGAAAACAAGCUGCAACAGCUCUUCAACCAGUCAGAUGUCCAAAAUAUUAUGGAGAUACAUAUACCUGCUGCAACUGAAUCUGAAUCUAAGUACAAGAUGAUCUGGACUCACCAUCCUGCUGGUACCUUCACUACCAAGUCCUUCCUGAAGACCUUAGAAAACAGACAGCCGUCUACUUCUCAGAACAAUAUCAUUAUUUGGAAAAAAUUAUGGAAAGUCAAGACUAUUCCUCCUAAACUUCACUUAUUCUUAUGGAGAAUGUUGAAGAACGGACUUGCAGUUGCUGGUAAUAUUGGAAGACAUAUACAUGUGUCAAUGUGGAAUGCAUAUUAUGCCAUAGGGCUAUUGAGACUAUUGAGCAUUUGUUCAUACAAUGUCAGGCCAUCCAGGAUGUAUUGUUUGCUUCUCCAAUGAGUUUGAGAAUCAAUCCAGAACAUGAUAAUACCAUUCAAAGCUACACCAAUGAAUGGCUUACUGAAGGAGGAAACUACAACACUCUAAAGAUGGGAGCUUGCUUAUUCUGGACUAUAUGGAAGACUAGAAAUAACAUCACAUUCGACAAAGAGAAUACUAUAAAAGUGAACUUCGAUGGAGCUGCUGGUGACAGGGGUCAUGGUUGCGGUGUUAUUGCUAGAGAUUACAAAGCUACAAUCCAAGGUUGUCAGAUCAAAGAACUCAACUAUAUGACUGCAGUAGAAGCUAAAGCACAGGGUACUUUACUUGCGGUGGAAUUGGCUGUCAACAGAGGUUUUAAAGAUGUUAUAAUUGAAGGCGACUCUCUUAUCAUCAUCGACUGUCUCAGAUUCAAACAUUAUCAACAACCUUGGCGUGUCAAGAACAUAAUCGGCAGGAUAAAAGAUCCAAAGUCCUGAGAUAUGUUUGGGCUCCUAAGAUAUGUUUGAAUAUGAGGAAAUGAAGAACAGAGUGAAACACAUCAUAGGAGUAAAUACCAUACCUCUGGAUGAUAAAUAUUUGGGCUCCCCUUUGUUGA